AUCUGCGACGUGGCCGGCUUCUUCUGCCCGGGAGGGGACGUCACUUCCGCCGAGUUCCUGACCUGCUGCUAGGAUCGCGACGGGAACUGGAGCCCGAGGUCCCCGCGCGGCCCGGGCCUGGCGCCCUGAGGGGAAGAGCGGCCCGGCCGGAGGGCACUGGGGUGGAGACUUUGACUCCAGUCCCUUCCCUAGCCAUGACGGACGGGAUCCUAGGGAAGGCAGCCACAAUGGAGAUCCCCAUCCACGGGAACGGUGAAGCUGGGCAGCUUCCUGAGGAUGAUGGGCUGGAGCAGGACCUCCAGCAGGUGAUGGUGUCAGGACCCAACCUCAAUGAAACCAGCAUUGUGUCUGGUGGCUAUGGGGGCUCUGGUGACGGACUCAUCCCCACAGGGUCUGGCCGCCAUCCAUCUCACAGUACCACUCCUGCUGGCCCUGGAGAUGAGGUGGCUCGGGGCAUCGCUGGAGAGAAGUUUGACAUCGUCAAGAAAUGGGGCAUCAACACAUACAAGUGCACAAAGCAGCUGUUAUCAGAGCGAUUUGGCCGAGGCUCCCGGACUGUGGACCUGGAGCUGGAGCUGCAGAUUGAGUUGCUGCGUGAGACGAAGCGCAAGUAUGAAAGUGUCCUGCAGCUGGGCCGGGCACUGACAGCCCACCUCUACAGCCUGCUGCAGACUCAGCAUGCGCUAGGUGACGCCUUUGCUGAUCUCAGCCAGAAGUCCCCAGAGCUUCAGGAGGAAUUUGGCUACAAUGCAGAGACACAGAAGCUGCUGUGCAAGAAUGGAGAGACCCUGUUAGGGGCUGUGAACUUCUUUGUCUCUAGCAUCAACACAUUGGUCACCAAGACCAUGGAAGACACGCUCAUGACUGUCAAGCAGUAUGAGGCUGCCAGGCUGGAAUAUGAUGCCUACCGAACAGACUUAGAGGAGCUGAGCCUAGGCCCCCGGGAUGCAGGGACGCGCGGUCGACUCGAGAGUGCACAGGCCACUUUCCAGGCCCAUCGGGACAAAUAUGAGAAGCUGCGGGGAGAUGUGGCCAUCAAGCUCAAGUUCCUGGAAGAAAACAAGAUCAAGGUGAUGCACAAGCAGCUGCUGCUCUUCCACAAUGCCGUGUCAGCCUACUUUGCUGGGAACCAGAAACAACUGGAGCAGACCCUGCAGCAGUUCAACAUCAAGCUGCGGCCUCCAGGAGCUGAGAAGCCCUCCUGGCUAGAGGAGCAGUGAGCUGCUCCUAAUCAAACCUGGCUAUCAAGAAGGACAUUGGGAGAGGCAGUCCCAGGGUGGGGGAGACUGGACUUGGGACAUCCCUUGCCACCUGCCCUCUGGCUUGGGUUCCCUUUCCCUGGCUGGGGCCUGACACCAGUUUUGCCCAUACUGCUGUGGGUAGGGAGGGGGCUUGCAGGCCCAGCAGCUGCUGUCCUGUCCUUUAUCUUCCUGGCCACUGGGCUUCAUUCCCAGAUCUUUUCCUUCACUCCACAGCCAAAGGCUAUGACAGAACCACUCCCUGGCCAAUGGCAUUACUCCUCAGGCCUGUCCCCAGCUCCUGGGGUAUGCCCCCUGACCAAUGGCAGGGCCUCAAUAGGCCCUGUCAGCCAAUGGCAGCUCUUCUUGGGCUCCCCUGGGCCAAUGAUGUUGCCUCCGGUACCCUUUGUCCCUCCUCUAUGUGUCCCCAUUGCAGAGAAGGGGACUGGGACCAAAGGGGUGGGGAUAAUGGGGAGUCCCAUUUCUGGCCCUGCAUCUGAAUGGGCUUCCUCUCACCUUCCCACCCAGUUUAAUUGUGCUUAGAGCCCUGGAAGAUUGGGACCUAGCACUAGGAAUAAACCUUUCAUAAAAGCA